ACAAAAAGGGACACAGUUAUGUAUUUUGUUUGACUCAUGUAGGUAUGCCUAUCUUUUAUUUCAGAUGUUCGACCUAGCCGAUUCUGAAAUCGCAACUGAAGUUACAUUCACAGAACAGCUCAGACAUCUCGUGGCCAAAAUAAAGAAUAUCAUAUAUUACAGAGGCGACACUCGCUAUCCUACUAAAGAACUAUCAGCGCUAUCAGUGGUCUCCACUGAAGUAAUGGGCCUUGUGGAAGGAUUUCUAGCAUCAAAUAGAGCUCCGAAUUCUUUUGACAUCAUUGAACUAGCGGGGCGUCACCCACACUUGCAACUGUACAAUCACCAAAAUGCGCCUUUCAUUAAUGCCGUAGAUAUUCUACUCAGUAGCGGGCUUAACAGAGAAAUAACUUAUGGUCUCAUAAAUGUUGUGGAACGGAAACUGGCAGAAGUCAGACACUCCACAGAUGUCGCUGCAGUCAAGAAAAAUAACUACAUUCGAUUCGUUGAAGACAUAGCCAGCGUUACUUUCGAAAUAUUCGGCAACACAGAAAAGUCGUUCAAUUUUGUCGAUAAUAUUUGCGGGUUGAUAACAGAUUGUCGAAUUCCGAUAAAACACAAAGAGUUCUGUAAAUUGAACCAGCUCGCAAAAGAAUUAAGACAAUCGUGCGACGAUUUGGCUUUCGUCAUUAAUUCAAACGAAUCGACAGAAUUAGAUCAAAACUUACUGCAGAAGUAUCACCAAAUUUAUAUGAACGUUGUAGCUGCGUCUGACAAGGAUUUGUGUAAUGUUGGCGACGUAUCACGGCAGGGGAAUAGAAAAACUAGAAUACCGUACUUGAGAAUGUGUUACAUGUACUGCAAGACAGUUUCACAACUGGAACAAGAGGAAAACAAGUCGCCAGACGCUGUAGCUGACGCGCCUUAUUUCUCUGUCUUAGGGCGACAGCUGCACGACAUAUUCGGAAAUAUGAUUAACAAUAAAGAAGUGCCUGUCACCAAUUUAGAGCCGAUUUGCAAGAAAUUAAACGUCAAUCUUAUACCAAAGCUUAUUUUGAACUUUUGCCCGUCUAUCACCCUGACCGGACCACACAAAGAAGCCAGUGAAGUUAACUUCAAUAAUCUCCUUCAAGCUGUUUAUGACUUCAAAAAUCCGGAGGAGAAUUUAUUUAUAGACCCAGUAACGAAUUUUGCUCCGUUGCCACGUUCCCCAGAUCCUCAAUGUCUGACCUAUGUUGUUCUCCACAAUUGGGUAUUGGCUCACAUUAUAAAGAAGAUUCACACUUCUUCAAAUGAAAAUAGUCUUCAGCAAAGCAUGGACGCAAGGACCAAAGCGUUAAAUAAUUACAUGGAACUAGAUAGGUUUAAUUGCAAUAAAGUUUUAUUCGAUGGCAAUAAAUACUUAGCAUCCUUACACACCACUAUUGACCUGGACAAACUCUUUGUAUACAUGCCGCAACUGAUAAACUCUGGUAAAAUUUUGAAAUGUUUGAACAUCAUAGACUCUCUGUCAGAGAGGCAACAGAUGUGUAGUGCAAAUCUGGCAAAUUUGCGAGAUUUGAUACUGUUUAAACUGGCGACUAAUCCGAAGAUCGGCAACAACUGGAAGUAUUGCCAGUUCCUCAAGUGUCCCGAGUUGAAAGUAGAUCUGAUUCUGAACAAUCUGAGCAGUUGGCCCGCAGAGGGCGCUAUAGAGGCUUUGGAUUACUUGAGAUUCCUUUUAAACCAGGAACUUUUGGAACAGGAGUUAUACGAAAAAUGUACGGAUUGGAUGAUCAAAAUCCCCUUAUAUGAUCAGAUAUCAUCUAUAAUGGGCGUACACCACUGGUAUGAUAUUUAUGAAAAAUCUGUCGAAAAUCCGGAAAACGUUAUUGAAGUUCUUUUGGACAGUCAACAGUACAAACUUUGCUUGGAAUGGGCAGACGUCCACGAGGUGUCGGAGAACAUGAAGAAUUUAAUCGUAAUGAGUCUCCUGCGGCAACUGUUCGAGUACACCAACCAGGCCACGCCGGACUUCAUCAGCGAACUCCUCGCGAGGCUCCCCAUGAAUCAAGCCAUGGACUUGAUCCAAGAGGAGAUGUCAAAAGUCCGAAACGUCGAGAUCCUUCAAGUUUGCAUCGACUUUAUAUCCGAAAAUUCUUUCGACUGGAAAUCGUUCGAGAACAUCAAAAUCGGACUGCAAAUUAUGGUGGAGAUCGAAGUGAACAUGCGCCACAUGUUUUGGGAUUUGAUAGAAAAACCUCUGCUAAUGAUCGAGCAGUUCCUCAUGAACGCGAAAUUGGAUAUGCUGGCGAAUAUAAUAAAUAAGAUAUCGCCGAAUUUGAAGCGGGAUCCGAGCGGGGACAACUUGUACUACAAUAUAAAGACGAUAGAGAGUUUGGUGAUAUCGAGGAACGCGGUGGACGCUCUGUUGAGGUUUUACGCGGAGAAAGCAUUGGAUAUGAAGAAUCCGCGGAACGCAUGCACGGCGCCGCCAAAGCAGUCGGACGACUCGUUGCUGCAGUCGAUCGAUUCGAUUAACAUUGAGGCCGCGUCGCGUCCUUUCGUGAUGCCGGAUCAGGUCCCGAGCAAGGAGCAGUGGGCGGAGGACUACUCUGCGGACCGCUGCAUGCUGUGCCGCGCGUCCAUCUUCUCGAUGAUCAUCCGCCGGCACCACUGCCGCCGGUGCGGGCGGCUGGUGUGUCACGCCUGCUCGAGGCACAGAAUGCAGGUGCCAACAUACCCCAGCGGUGUCAAAUUCCGCGUCUGCGACGACUGCUACACGCAGACGAUAAGCAAGAAGGCCAGCUCCGACAACGACAAUCUGAUGCUGAGCAGCAACUCGGACUCCGCGGCCAGUGGCUCUACCUGCAUGGACUGGUGUCUGUCCACCAACGCGGGCCGCAACGAGGCGGUGCGAGCUGAGUUCAGCUUCGAGUUCACGCCUAACGUCACGCUGUGCCUGACCAUCAUGAAGAUGCACUCCAUCAACUUGGACUACCCGAGAUUCCUGCUGGAUAGAAGCGAUGAAGUGGCGCGCGAGCUAUCCGGCGGCGGCGACGCUCGCCUCCUGGUGCGCGCGCGCCGCUCGCUGCUGCUCGCCGCUGCCGAGCUGUAUUCCCGCACACCGCACGAGAGGAGCAGCGGCAGCAUCGGUCGUCUAGCGGAGACGGGAGCAGCGCACGCCACGCGCUGCCUGGCGCACGCGGACGCCAUGGCCACGCUCGUCAAGCACCAGGCGCACCACCUCGUGCCGCAGCAGGGCGCGCACCCCAGUCAAAUAGUCCGGUCUUUACUAGAAGCUGAGAAGUGGGAGUUGGCGCUGGAGAUAGCGACGAAGUCGGGGCUGGCCCGGAACAGCGUGCUGGCGGCGUGGGGCAAGGCGUGCCUCAAGGCCGGCUGCUUCAAGCAGGCGCGGGACAAGUUCGCGCACUGCUUCAAGAGCGCCGUCAAUGUCUGCGUCGAGGUAACGGAAGAUUGCGAGUACGGCAGAGAAGCGUCCGAAUCGUUCCCGAACCGUAGACUGCACAGCCUUCGGUACUCUGAGCGGUCGGCUUCCGUAUCGAGCGCGCAGUCCGACGGCCGCCCGCGGGCCAACCCGCCACUUCUGAACGAAAUAGUGAGCAUGCUCGAAGACAUGAACUAUCCCGUCAACCAGCAGCUAUUGAGCAAGGCGGAGACCAUUAAGUCGACGAACGAGAAACUAGCGUCACUCAACGUUAGUAAGAAAAAAAUCCAGCUUACCGAGCCAGCUCUCAACAUAAUGCACACGCUCGCGAGCGUGAAGAAAAUCAAACAAGGCGACUACAGCGACUUCCAAACCGCCGUUAUACAGCCGAAGAAGAGUUUAGCGCAGGGCUUGUUACGAAGAAACAACAACCACACGGAAAUUAAACCCGACCUGUACCUGAGAAAACUCGACCCGUUCUUUUAUAAAGAAUGUGUGUACUACCUCAGUAACUACGGAUCUCAUGUUGCAAAUAUAGCCUUCUACAUGAAGCAUAGCAACAUGACUGAGGUGAUAACGUACUGUUAUGACAACAUGGUGGAAAAGGAGACGUUCACGGAUUGCGUUUAUAUGGAGUGCCUGAAGAAAGACAGGGUCAAUGAGCUGUUGAAGGCCAUGAGCGAUAUGGACAGCACGCUGCAAAUGUGGGCGGAGUACAUAAUGCACAUCUGCCGCACUCUAGAGAUGAGCAAACGUCUGGACGCGCUAUACGCGCUACAGUGCGGCAGCGGGCAACACGCGCGCGCCUCCGCCACGUGCGCGCUACUGUACUCCCGGCCAAUAGCGCGCUCGCCCGCGCCCUUCGCCGCGCUACAGAACAGGCAACACCAUCUCAAUGCUGCGCUACACCAUCUGAGUCAAUGCGUGCCUGUCGCUAGCAAAGUGAACGACCCGAAAACGUUCCAAUUCCACCUAGACAAAGUGACCAUAGACAACCUAAUGACGACGAUGACGCGUCAGAUCGAGCUGUCAAAAUACCUCGCGGCCUGUGAAGCGAGCGGCCGACUGACCGAGAAAGUUCUCAACGAAGUCAUACCAGGAGUGCCUCGGAGGGAGCAAGAGCACAACGACUUCAGGCCCGUCACUCUGUUCGGGUCUAAUACAGAUAAAAUAAGGCUGGUUGCUGUGGUCCUGGCUACCGGACAGUCGAUCGAAGCUGGAUUCGAUUUGGCUUUCAAAAUAAUAACAGAACAUAAACUGGACUCCAUGAAUAUUUACACGCACGUGGCCAAGUAUCUAGUGCAAGUGGACAGGUUUAUGGAAGUCAAGACUUUGGCCAAAUGCAUCCGGCUAUCGAAAGAAACUGCUGCCAACCUAAUGAGCGAUCAGGUCCUCGAGGCCGGCGUGAGCGCAGUCGUGGCGCGCUGCGAGGCGCGUGCGCAGCUGCACGACGAACAAGCUGAGGUGCUCAUUGCAGACAUACACAGCGUCACUAUCAAGAUAUCGUGCUAUCUGGUCUGCCGCAACGUAAGCAGCGCCUACAUCCUCGCUGCACGUGCCGACCGCACCAGCGACCUUCGUCGCGUGCUGCACGAGGCCGAGCGCCUGCCGCACGACCAGGUGCGCAACGCCUGCCUCAAGCGCCUCACGUCCCGCCAGCCGCUGUAGCGCGCGCUAGACCACACUCCAGCGACCUGCCGCGUGCUCACGAGGCCGAGCGCCUGCCGCACGAUCAGGUGCGCAACGCCUGCCUCAAGCGCCUCACGUCCCGCCAGCCGCUGUAGCGCGCGCUAGACCACACUCCAGCGACCUGCCGCGUGCUCACGAGGCCGAGCGCCUGCCGCGCGACCAGUAGCCUUAUUCACGUAACAAAACUUCAACGACAACAAAACACUGAGUUGCGAUCUUAUCGAGUAAUCGUUCU